AUGAGAUUCCCUGAAGAUCUAUUAGCUGCUAGACGUGCUUACCGUUCCCUCUACAAGCGUUCUCUUGAGGAAGACUUGGCCUCCCGUACUAUUGGCGACAUCAGGAGACUCUUGGUUGCAAUGGCGUCUGCCUAUAAAUAUGAUGGAGAGGAAAUUGAUGAGAUGCUUGCACAGUCAGAGGCUGGGAUUCUUCAUGAUGAAAUCCUUGGUAAGGCUGUUGAACAUGAAGAAACGAUCACGGUGUUAAGUACAAGAAGCAACAUGCAGCUUAGCGCAAUCUUCAAUCGCUACAAGGAUAUAUAUGGCGGCAGAUCGAUCACUAAGGUGUUGCGCAACUCAAUCAAUACAGUGGGGACUGAUGAAGAUGCUCUGAACCGUGUGAUUGUCACACGAGCAGAAAAGGACCUGAAGAAGAUCAGUGAGCUGUAUCUCAAGCGGAACGAUGUGAGUCUCGAUCAAGCCAUAGCUAAAGAGACAUCAGGGGACUACAAGUCUUUUCUUCUAGCCUUGCUAGGACAUGGAGAAACUUAG